AUGAAAGAAGCAGGCAAGAAGCCCAUUAUUAUGUCUAAAGUCAGUGAAGUUCUCCAGAAAAUAGAUGAAAGCCCCGGAGCCUUUGCUGAGCGCUUGAUGCAAGCGUUUCGAAUGUACACUCCAUUCGAUCCUGAGGCUGCAGAAAACUUGUGCAUGGUAAAUACAACUUUUGUUGUUCAAUCCUAUGCUGACAUUCGCAAAAAGCUUCAGAAGCAAGAUAGCUUUGCUGGCGUGAAUUCAUCCGAACUGUUAGAGAUUACCCCAAAAGUUUAUGCCAAUCGGGAUGUAGACCAGAAGCAAGAGGAAAAAAGAAGGAUAAAAAAGAAGACUGAUCUGUUGGCAGCAGCUUUGGCUGAAUCCGCCUGCCUCCCUGCCUGCGGGCGGGCCCCUCCCCCCUCCCCCCUCCCCGGCGCUUUCCCGGCUGAGCCGCUGAUAAAUACCGGAGGGCUGGCGGAGGCAGCAGCAGGAGGCGAAGCGCGAGCGAGUCCAGAGAAACCUGCGCCCCCGUCUGGGCUCCCCUCCGCCUUCGUGACCGUCUGCUGGCUGCGCUGCCCCGCGCCCUUCGAAGCUGCAAUCAUGCGCAACUUGCCUCCGGGGAAUCUUCAGGUCAUCUUCCCGGUUACCGCGCUUACCAUCGCCUUUUCAGCUAUUGCCCUGGGCUUUACGUGUGCAAUGUUUGCGACUAUGUUGUUCACACCAGAUGUGUUCCCUUUGCAACUCGAAAGUCGUGUGCUGGCUAUCUUGGAUAGAUGGAAUAAUUCCCAGCUGGCUGCCAUGGGCAAAUGGAAUAUCUCCCAGCAAGAGUACCCAGGGCUUCCACCUGCCGCUUGAAGCGCCAACGACGAGAACAGCCCGGCACCAAGCGAUUUUGUGUCAAGCGAUUAAUGGCUUUGCUGUUUUAAAAAGUUUCAGUUGCUUGUCGUGUGCUAUGAGAGUGUAGUGGUUUGAACCCCAAUAAAGCCAACUUGUCACACA